AUGAAUGAUUGUAUUAGGGUCGGCGCCCGACAGGAAUGUAUCGUAAGAAAAGUGGAAAACGCGGACACAGUCUGUGUCUGUAAUCAAACAUAUUGUGAUGACUUCCCGGCCCUCAAGCGCCCAAAGAGUGGUUUCCUAACGGUUUAUGAGAGCAAUAAAGCCGGCGAAAGGUUUAAGGAAACGGAACUCCAGUUCGGCUCAACCAUCGACUCAACGGCCGACCAAACGGUUGUCGUGACUAUCGAUAAGACACAGAAAUAUCAGACAAUCUUCGGAUUUGGCGGCGCUUUCACUGACACAACGGGACAGAUGCUGAAGACAGUCAACCAAUCGUUGGCUGAUCUGCUGAUUGAUAGCUACUUCUCGGACAAUGGCAUCGAGUACUCAAUGGCCAGAAUACCCAUCGCUGGCACAGACUUCUCGGACAGACCCUACUCUUAUGAUGACGUCGACGGGGAUCUGGAGCUCAAACACUUUGCCCUUCAAAAGGAGGACUUGGAGUGGAAAAUCCCAUACAUUCAAAGAGCGCUGAAAGUAAGUCCGCAUAAAAUAAAAUUCUUCGGCAGCCCCUGGAGUCCCCCCUCUUGGAUGAAGACUAACCACAUGUUCAAUCAUGGGGGGGAAUUAAGGGGUACUGUCGGCGGCGAGUACUACCAGUCGUGGGCCAACUAUUUCGUGAAGUAA